AUGUCACUGCUUCUAAAGCAAAUUUCAAAACACAAAAAAUCCUACACACAGCUAGCCACUGAUCUGGACAAACUGCGGAUCCGUCGUUUUCUUAAAUUUUGAAUCCAUUUUUACGAAGACUGCAAGCGUAACCUGCUUCACUUACCAAAAAUAUUUCCCAAUAUAAUCAAUAAUAUGAGCCUUUUUGGGUUUACACUUGACGAAUGUAGCGCCGAUAUCGAUAACUGGAUGUCAGAAAUCAAGGAAAACCUUGAUAAUAUCACAAAUAAGCAAGCCACAGACUACGAAUUCGACUUUGCCAACGAACUUCCACAAAUAAAAACACAGCGUUUUCAAUGGGAAGAAAUCCAGGAAGGAAUUAAGCCUUCGUGUGGGUUUUAUUCAUCUUUCAGGAACUCUUAUGCUAGAUCAAGUAUCUCUACCAUGCCGUCUUUAGACGCUGACCAAGUUGAAGAAAUUCCGAAGAUACUUGAUUUAAACAUGAGGGUUUCACUGGACAGCGAAAAUUUCGGUGAUUUCUCUUUGAAAAAUCAAAAAUCUUUAUAA